AUGGGUGGAGGUAGUAGCACGCCAAGCACCCCCUUGGCUUGCAUGCUGAAAGGGUUCGAGAAAUAUUACAACAAAACACAGUACAAGGUUCCCUACCCCCCAGUGACCAGAGAACGCCUGAAAUACCUGUGCCAAAAACAGUGGCCACACCUGGGAACGGGCUGGCCAACCGAGGGCUCGUUUAAGUGCCAGACUAUCAGUGACCUAUGGAACCUGAUAGCGCCGCCAAGGAAAGGGAAAGGAAAAAGGUUGGAUGUAGCCACUAAGCGAGUGAAGGAUGUGAAAGUAUCUGAAACGAAGGUAUCAGAUACCAAAAAGCAGAUAUUGGCCCAGGAGGAGGAAACUAUCCUGAGACCUCCGCCAUAUGCACCCCCGCCGCACCCGGGAGCGCCACCCCCACCUCAGCCACAGGCAGGGGAUGAAGAUGACCAGGCCGAGGGAGCCGAUGGGGAGCCAGUGGUUCGCCCAAAAGCGAAAAAGCAGUCAAAGAGGGGAAGACCACCAAAGUCAGAGAGGGUGGAAGAGGACCCGGAAGUGGAAAACGAGGAAGAAGGAGCCGCGGCUACAGCAGUAGGGGUAACAACUAGGGCAGCAGCCGCCAAGGCAGAAGCGGCAGCCGCUGCAGCCCAGGAUGAGUUUGUGGCACCGUUAAGGCAAAUGGAUCAGCAAGUAGUGAAUCCCCAGGGAGUAGUUGAGUACCGACCAUGCUUUCAGUACGUUCCUUUUUCGACAACUGACCUCCUGAAUUGGAAACAGCAUUAUGGGCCAUUGUCCAGUAAGCCGACGGAAAUGGCUGACCUGUUUCAAACCAUCAUGCAAACCCAUAAUCCCAAUUGGCAGGAUGUGCAGCAGUUGUUGAAUGCACUGUUGACACCUGAGGAAAGGGAAAAGUGGAAAGCAGCGGUUAGGACCUGUAUGAGGGAACGGUUCCCUAAUAUGGCGGACGUGGGACCGAACUGGCGGUUCGGGCCCCUGAUCGGGAUCCGGAUGGGAUCCCAAAGAGGCAAAUCAAAUGACGCGUUGAGAGAGUACCAAACCCUGACUGUGGAAGCGUUGAGAAGGGCAGGGAAGCCUCCGGUCAACAUGUCUAAGCCUUCCUUGAUCAUGCAGAGGGCGGAUGAGAGCCCAGAAAGCUUUCUGCAAAGGCUGAUCGAAGCGUAUGAGCUGUAUACGCAGGUUGACCCUAGGCAACCGGAGAAUGUGCGCAUGCUUAACGAAAGGUUUAUAGCGGAUCGUUAUGAAGACAUCAGGAAGAAGUUGCAAAAGCUAGAGGGAGCUCUAGGGAAGAAUACUACUGAAUUGUUGGAAGUAGCUAGGAAAGUGUUUGUGAAUAGGGACAAGGUGGAGAAGAAAGAAAGGGACGCUCGGAUGCAUAAGAAAACGGAAUUGUUAGCAGUGGCGCUGCAAGGAGGACGAACCCUGGGUCCGAACCAAUGGGGACCAGGCUUGGAGCAGGCCCCGCCUGAGCCAUUGGUUACUAUGAAUAUUGGGGGCCAACAGACAACCUUCCUAGUAGACACCGGUGCGGGGAGAUCUGUAGUGAAUAAUCCGAUCACUGCACCAGGGAUACACCAAAUAAGGGUACAAGGGGUGUCGGGCCAGGUAGUGGAAAGGCAGGUCCUCCAGCCAGUAACAUGCACGUAUAAGGGAUCAAAACUCCAACAUGAGUUCCUCUACAUACCUGAAUGCCCUAUUCCGUUACUGGGCAGGGAUAUGCUUAGCAAAUUGGGAGCCACCAUAUCUUUCAAUGAGGGUAAACAAAGUAUCACUGUCAGCCACGAUCCUGACGCCGUAUGGAGGCUAAUGGUGGCACAGGCUACAGAGGACAGGAAAUGGGAGGAGUUUGGCGUGCCAGAGCUAUGGGCUGAAGAUAACCCUCCUGGGUUUGCCGCUCACCAUCCGCCAGUGAUCGUGGAAGUGAAACCAUACGCCACACCGGUACACAUAAGGCAAAGGCCGUGUUCGCGCGAAGCGCUCACAGCCAUUUACGAAAUUAUCCAGAAAUUCCUGAAGGCAGGUAUCUUGGUCCCUAUCCAGUCACCCUGGAACACCCCGAUCUUACCCAUAAGGAAACCGGAUGGGGUCUCCUUUAGGCCGGUACAGGAUCUUAGGAUUAUUAAUGACGUCACAGUGACGAUCCAUCCGGCUGUCCCGAACCCAUACACAUUACUAAGCCUGAUCCCGCCUAAAGCCAAGUGGUUUUCGGUCAUAGAUCUAAAGGAUGCGUUUUUCACGAUCCCAAUACACCCCGUGAGCCAGCCGUUGUUUGCAUUUGAGUGGGAAAACCCGACCACGGGAACUAAACUACAAUACACCUGGACACGCCUACCCCAAGGGUUCAAGAACUCACCCACCCUGUUCGGAACGGCACUAGGAAGGGAUUUACAAUAUUAUGUACCUAGACAAAAGGGAGACACAGUGUUACAAUACGUGGACGAUGUGCUGGUUACUGGGCAGACUGAGGACUUAUGCUGGGAAAACACCAAAGCCUUGUUUGUUCUCUUGGUAGAGUGUGGAUAUAGGGCGUCGAGGAACAAGGCUCAGUUAGUAAAGCAACGGGUGAGGUAUUUAGGCUACGACAUUGAACAAGGAAAAAGGUCGUUAGGCCCUGAACGGAAGGAGGCAGUGUUGGCUAUAGCAGAGCCCACGACAAGGAGACAGUUGCGAGGCUUUCUAGGGCUAGCAGGCUUUUGUAGAAUCUGGAUCCCCAAUUUCGCGUUAUUGGCAGCGCCCCUCUAUGCUUCUACAAAGGGGGGCAACUCUGAUGAGUUUGUCUGGACUGAGGAACAAAGUAGAGCAUUCAAAGAGAUAAAGAAGGAAUUGACUAGGGCUCCAGCGUUGGCAUUGCCAAACCUAGAAAAACCCUUUAACCUGUAUGUGGAUACAAAACAGAACAUAGCCUUAGGUGUUUUGACUCAGCAGUUAGGGGCGUGGCAACGGCCGAUUGCGUAUCUGUCAAAGCAGCUUGACGGAGUGGCGAAAGGGUGGCCCCAUUGUUUGAAAGUCUUAGCAGCCAUAGCUGAAUUGUUGCAGGAUUGUAAUAAAUUGACGCUUUCAUGCGCCAUUAGCGUGCACACCCCACAUGCGGUCCAAUCGGUGUUGGAUAACAAAGGACAUCUGUGGAUCAGUAACCAGAGGCUGGUGAAAUACCAGGCCAUGAUGAUUGAAAACCCACACGUCAGACUUCAUGUGUCCACGCGUCUCAACCCCGCAACUCUGUUACCAAUUGAGACAACCCUGGAACAUGACUGUCUGCAUGUGUUGGAUAAUGUAUAUUCCACCAGACCAGACCUAUCAGACAUCCCCUUACCACACGCAAAGUAUAACUGGUACACUGACGGGUCCAGUUACAUGCAUGAGGGCAAAAGAGUAGCAGGAUAUGCAAUAGUUGAUGACAGUAGAGUAAUAGAAAGUGGACCGCUGGGAAGUAAGAGGAGUGCGCAGGUUGCUGAAUUGUGGGCUCUGAUACGAGCUCUGAACAGGGCGGAGGACGAGACAUUGAACGUGUGGACAGAUAGCAAGUAUGCCUUUUUGACGUUGCACGCCCACGGGGCAGUGUAUAAGGAAAGAGGAUUUAGAGAUUCGGCAGGCAAGUUCAUUCAACAUGGACACCUGAUUCAGUAUCUCAUUGAUGCAGUAAAGAAACCUAAGAAAGUGUCAGUGAUGCAUUGCAAGGGACAUCAACGUGGUGAUGAUAGGGUAGCCCUUGGAAAUAGAGCUGCUGAUCUGGAGGCGCCGCCUGCGGCCCUUAGGGAUGACGUCACCCCAGACCUGUCCAUUCUUAUUGCCCAGGAUUUAAGUGUUAUCCCACCCACUAUUAAGCCCUCAUACUCCCAGGCGGAAUGUGCAAAGGCAGUAAACGACCUAAAAGCUGACCUCAAGGACGGCUGGUAUACCUUAGAGUGUGAUAUCAAAGUCAUAGAGGAUGUGUUGGGGCACUACCUGGUGGUGGGAGAUACCACCUAUUAUACUCUUAAACUGUGCCCAACUGUUAGAACGGCAAGUACACAGCGUGCUGAGAACAGGGAUGAAGGCAGAGAUCAACAGAUUGCUACUAUUACUUAUGGUUAUAGCGCUGGCGAAAACAAUAAUGUCUGUGUCCGUAACAUGGGACAAUGGAGCCCCCCUGAGGACAGACCCAGAAUCACCCAGUCUUAUGCCAUCGGCAUCGGUGAUUGUGGGGGACCUCCACCUCUGACCUUCACUCCUGAAUGCUGGACAGGGACAUUACCACACCCGUGCCAGCACCCACGAGUGUUUGACAAAAUUGCAACGGAAGCCUGUCGUGUGCGACGGCCGAUAAACCCUGAGGCCUGUCGUCGAACGGAGGCCGCCGACACCGACUACCUCUUUAAACCGGCGUGUCCUCCUAGGCAUGAGUACCAGUAG